GAAAAACAAUAUUACUGGGCUCUAUCUACAUCCAGCGAUUCUGACUUUGAUUUACAUCUGAAAAGACCAUUGGGUAGUUGUUUUAUAAAUAACUGUUCUGUUGCUGGGAUGAAAGGUUUUCGAGCAAAUGUUGACUUACAGCCUCUUAAUCAUUACCAAUGUGUAACCUAUGUUUGCUCCUACUUCACAAAGGAUGGAACUGAAUGUUCACAGGUUAUUGUGAAUGCAGCAAAAGAAGCUUAAGCCUCAAAUUUGACAUCAGACACAGCUCGAGGAAAGUAGGUGUAGCUUUUCUUUCAAGAAGAGAAGCUAGUUCACAAGAAUGUGUAUACAGACGUAUUCCAGAGCUUUAGUUUCCCAAAAACUUAGAGAAGACUUGCUUUGCAAAAAAAAAAACCUACUACAAAUGAGAAAAAGAUGCUACAUCAAGCAGGCUUAGGGUGUAAGAAAAUUGACCUCCUUGCAGAUGACACAGUGGAAGCCGUGUUGAAGAAAGUGAACAAUGUCAUGCUAAAGAUGUAUGCGGGAAUACAAUAG